GAGAGAUGAUGGCGGAUCGAGCCGGACAAGUGCUCCUGGGCAGACCCGGGGACCCGCGGAUGCCGGGGUUCUGGGGAGGCUGUAGAGUUCAGGUAUUGGCCACGAUCAUCUUCCUGCUGCUUUUGUCUCUGGCAGAAUCUGGCGCUAGGGCAAAGAAUGACUUCAGCCUGGUUCAGCCGCUGGUGACCAUGGAGCAGCUGCUGUGGGUAAGCGGGAGGCAGAUCGGUUCUGUGCACACCUUCCGAAUUCCGCUCAUCACAACCACUCCUCAGGGCACUCUCCUUGCCUUUGCUGAGGCCAGAAAAAUGUCCACAUCGGAUGAGGGGGCCAAGUUCAUUGCUCUUCGUAGGUCCUUGGACCAAGGCAGCACAUGGUCUCCUACAGCCUUCAUUGUAGAUGAUGGGGACACCCCGGAUGGGCUGAACCUGGGGGCAGUGGUGAACGAUAUGGAGACAGGAGUGGUGUUUCUUUUCUAUUCCCUCUGUGCUCACAAGGCUGGCUGCCAGGUGGCCUCCACUAUGUUGGUGUGGAGCAAAGAUGAUGGUGUUUCCUGGAGCCCUCCCCGGAACCUCUCCUUGGAUAUUGGCACCGAGAUGUUUGCCCCCGGACCAGGCUCAGGCAUUCAGAAACAGCGGGAGCCGCGGAAGGGCCGCCUCAUCGUGUGUGGCCAUGGGACACUGGAGCGGGAUGGGGUCUUCUGCCUCCUCAGUGAUGAUCACGGUGCCACCUGGCGCUAUGGCAGUGGGGUCAGCGGCAUCCCCUAUGGCCAGCCCAAGCGGGAAAACGAUUUCAACCCUGAUGAGUGCCAGCCCUAUGAGCUCCCAGAUGGCUCAGUCGUCAUCAACGCCCGGAACCAGAACAACUACCACUGCCAUUGCCGAAUUGUCCUCCGCAGCUACGAUGCCUGUGAUACCAUACGGCCUCGCGAUGUGACCUUCGACCCUGAGCUUGUGGACCCUGUGGUAGCUGCAGGAGCUGUAGCCACCAGCUCCGGCAUUGUCUUCUUCUCCAAUCCAGCCCAUCCAGAGUUCCGAGUGAACCUGACCCUGCGUUGGAGUUUCAGCAAUGGUACAUCAUGGCGGAAAGAGACAGUCCAGCUGUGGCCAGGCCCCAGUGGCUACUCCUCACUGGCAGCCCUGGAGGGCAACGUAGGCGGGAAGGACCAGGCCCCCCAGCUCUACGUCCUGUAUGAGAAAGGCCGGAAUCAGUACACCGAGAGCAUCUCCCUGGCCAAAGUCAGCGUGUAUGGGACACUCUGAGCUGUACACCUGCCACCAGGGUAGAAGGCCCUGGACUCAGCCUUCAGAACCAUGGGCCCGUAGCGGGUCUGCUAGAGGUGCCUAAAAGACAGUUCCACCUGCCUGUAGACUGUAGCCUUUUGCAAAAUCGAUUUCUCUUUGACAGGGAAGUCACUCUUUUAGGACUACAAGCCUGGCUUGUUCCAUACAGGGUGUCCUGCCCUCACUUGGGAGCACAUCCCUUCCACAUCAUUGCUGGCUCUGGCCCCCUACCCCCUUUUGCCUUCCUAGGGCAGUGAUUGGUCCUUUUUUUAGGCGGGGUUAGGUAGGCCUGUGGAAUUGAAUAUAUUUGGACUCAGGGAAUUGGGGAAGGCUGAGCUUCCUCUUUAGGGUAAGAUACUGGCUAUGGAGCAGGUUGGUGAAAGUACUGUAAGGGCAAUAUUUGGAUUCAGGGUAAAGAACUAGGUGCGCCACCCACCUAGACUAUUUAUAAAUUGAACUAUUUGUAACUUAACAUUUUUAAUGAAGGAGAGUGAGCACUUGUAAUGUCUCUGUGGUUCUGUCCAUGCAGAUGCGUGUUCUUCACGUACCCUUGUAAGAGGCUGGGAAUGAGCUCUGUGGAAGAAGCUGCUGUUGCCCAUGAAAGUCGCAGCACUUUGGCGGUUAAAUCCUCUUUUCCCUUUCACAUCUUCCUCAUCACAGAAAAACAGAUUCAUCUUCAUAGGUGUCAUGAGGAGUAGCAGGGGGAGCCCCAUGAGAUAUUAAGCAAUCUGCUCUGUUUUAUAUCUGAGAUGGAGUGGGAUACUGUCUUCCAUCAAGCCAGGGGCAGGUGUGUGAAAUGCAGAUGGAAAGCCUUUCCCAGGCCAGCCCAGCCCAGCAGAGAAAUAAGCAGUGUGACAAUUUACCUGAGAAAAUAGCACCAUCCUAAGGCAGAUGCUAUUAAAAGAACACAUGAGUGGAAGAGCCAUGCCUUUACUCCAUGUGGAAAGAAAAUACAAUGCCUACAUAAGCUUUGGUGGUCUGAAUCUCAAAGACUCGGGGCGCUGGGUGGGUCAAUUGGUUAAGCAUCCUGACUCUUGGUUUCAGCUCAGGUCAUGAUCUCACGGUUCAUGAGUUCAAGCCCCACAUUGGGCUCUGUGCUGACAAUGUGGAGCCUGCCUGGGAUUCUUCUCUCCUCUGUUUCCUUUCCUUUCCUGCUCAUGUUCUCUCUCUCUCUCUCUCUCAAAAAAAAAAAAAAAAAAACUCCCUUUUCCUCUACCCCUCCCCCUGCUCCGUCAAUAAAAAUUUUAAAAAAUGAGGGGCGCCUGGGUGGCUCAGUCGGUUAAGCGUCCGACUUCGGCUCAGGUCACGAUCUCGCGGUAUGUGAGUUUGAGCCCCGCGUCGGGCUCUGUGCUGACUGCUCAGAGCCUGGAGCCUGUUUCAGAUUCUGUGUCUCCCUCUCUCUCUGACCCUCCCCCGUUCAUGCUCUGUCUCUCUUUGUCUCAAAAAUAAAUAAAUGUUAAAAAAAAAAAAUUUUUUUUUAAAUUUUUAAAAAAUGAAAGAAUGUCAAAGACUGAGGAAUAAGGGUCACAUUGACAUACAGUUGCAGUUUAUUUUACUUUCAACUUCCUUCUCUAAGAAAUGUUAGGAUAAUUCAUUCCAUCAGAAAAAGUGAAAAAAUGGAAUAAUCUCACUGUAUAUGAGGAUAUGGUGUAAUUUAAUUUUGUUAUAUUUUAUCCAGAAUUUGUGGUCAAUAAUGUAAUACUUUAAUUUUUUGACUUACAGACAUUUGUGAAAACAAAGGUAGAGAAAAUGGGUUAAUGAACCCCGUGUACACCCUAUGUAUCCAACGUUUGCUUCUUAUUUUUUCUUUUUCACUUUGAUUUUUUUUUUUUUUGAGAGAGAGAGAGAGAGAGGUAGGAAGAAAAAUCCCAAGCCAGCUUUGCACUGUUAACACCGAGCCUGACGCAGAGCUUGAUUCCACAAACUGUGAGAUCAUGACCUGAGCCAAAACCAAGAGUUAAAUGCUUAACCAAUUGAGCCACCCAGGCACCCCUCUUUGUUGAAAUACUUUGAAGCAAAUAUCAGACCUUGUGACAUUCAUCCCUACCUUUUUUCCUUUUUUUUUUUUUUUUUCUUUUUAAGAGCGAAAGUUCAUGCACAAGAGCAGGGGAGGGGGCAGAGGGAGAGACAGAAUCUUAAGCAGGCUCCACAUUCAGCAAGGAGCCCAACAAGGAUCCCACGACCUUGAAAUAUAAGCGGAGCUGAAAUCGAGUCAAACACUCAAUAAACUGAGCCACCCAGGUGCCUCCACCCUUACAUUCUUGAGUGUGCAUCUCACCCUUUAAAAUGGAACAUUUUAUUAUGUAACCAUAAUGCCAUUGCACACCCAUAACAUUAACUCUGGUAUUAUCUAAUACCCAGUCAACGUGCAAAUUUCAUCAAAUGUCUCAAUGUCUUAUUUAUAGUUGAUUUGUUCAAAUCAGGAUCCAGGGGUGCCUGGGUGGCUCAGUCAGUUGAGCAGCUGAUUUCAGCUCAGGUCAUGAUCUCACAGUUUGUGAGUUCCAGUCCCGCAUAGGGCUCUAUGCUGACAGUUUGGAGCCUGGAGCCUACUUUGGGUUCUGUGUCUCCCUCUGUCUCUCUCUGCCCCUCACCUGCUUGUUCUCUCUCAAAAAAUAAAAUAAAUAAAAUAAAAUUAAAUAAAUCAGGAUCCAAAAAACCUACGUAUUUCCUUUUUUUUUUUUUUUUAAAGUUUAUUUAUUUAUGUUUAGGAGCGAGAGAGGCUCUGCAUCGCCAGUGCAGAGUCGGAUGCGGGGCUCAACCCACAAACCAUGAGAUCAUGAGCUGAAAUCGAGAAUUGGAUGCUUAACCGACUGAGCCACUCAGGCACCCUGAAACCCUGUACAUUUUAUUUUGAUGUGUCUUAAACCUAGGUUGAUCAAUAGUCCCACCUCUCCUCUUUGUUUUUCUUGAUAACACCUAUGCAGAAAUAAAGGCAUUCGUCCUAUAGAACUUUCCACUCUGAUUUGUCA